AUGGCUUCUUUUGAGAUUCAGAAUUUAACUCAGAAACUAAUGGAUUCUGUCCGGCCUAGUCCACAUAUGGAUCAUGAACUCUACCAAGCUGCUGAGUCUGGCAAUUGGGAAGCUAUCAAACAGUUUUCUGGAGACCAAUAUAUUCAGAAAACUGGAUUGGAAGAUGAGACGCAGGAUGAGAAAACAGCACUUCUUGAGGCUGUUAGGUUUGAUGGGUUCGACGUUGUCAAGAUAUUCGCGGAAGAAAUGCCUGAAAUGUUUGGAGAGUUUGUGGUCUCAUCCUUCUGGUUUCUGAUGCAAAUUGUCAUACCAGUGCGAAUUUUUGAGAAAAAUCAAAGAUUUGUCAAUGAGAGUCCUCUGUACAUGGCGGUCGAAAAAGGGCAUAUUGACAUUGUAACUAUGAUUCUGUCCACUGUCAACUCAAUGGCUUACCAAGGUCCUGAAGGAAGAACGGCCUUACACGCUGCAGCUGCCCGAAAUUCACCUGAGUGUGUUGAAAUGGUGUUGGAGAGAAUGCCUGAUCUCGCGAAGAAGGUGGAUGUGCACGGAUGGACCGCGCUACAUUGUGCUGCAAAGUUCAGCCAUAGGGAAAGUGUCAAAUUACUGUUAUCCAUAGGCAAAUCUGUAGGUUAUAUUGUGGCGAAAAAGGAUGACUCCAAGACAGCUCUUCAUGUAGCCUAUCUUGGGCUUUUGAACUUAAAAAUAGAAAGGAUGUUUUCGGGAACAACUGAAAAGCUAGAAGGUUAUAAUCUUGUAAAUGACCCUUGUGUUGAUACAAGUGCCUACAACAAGAAGGGCUUAACUCCAUUAGACCUGGUUACAGGAGAGACUAGACAGUGCACAUCAAGGCAGAUUUCAAUUAGGGAUGAGUUAGUCAGGGCAAAUGCGACUUCAAGUUUGAAGAGGGUAUUCCCUGAACCGGAUGAAGCAUGGUCAAGUAGGGAAGAUAAGAAUGCGAAGACGUACUUGGUUGUCGCGACACUGAUAGUCACGGUGACUUUUGCGGCUGGAGUUUCCGUUCCAGGCGGAUAUGACGUUACAAAACAGAACGAAGGCAAGGCGGUUCUAGGAAAGAAAGCAUCGUUUAUCGCGUUCAUCGUCACAGAUUCAAUGGCAAUGAUGCUCGCAAUUGCUGCAGUAGUUGUGCAAUUUGAGGUUAAAGAAGAGGGGCAUGUAUCAGAAAAAAUGAAGCUACUCCGCUGGAGUAAGCUUAACAUCGCAAUUGCCAUGACAUUGAUGGUGAUGGCAUUCUUGGGUGGUCUGUAUGCUGCGAUACCUUUGCCAGGCAUCAAGAUUUACAUGAUUUUUUUUAUUUUUUUUAAAAAAUUGGAUGGCCCGAUGAGAGACCUUCCAGUAAUAACCAUCCUUAUCCUAAUCCCUUAA